ACCACGAAGUGAUGUGGCCCUUCAGCCUGCUCCUCUGCUGGGGGUGUUGUGGUAUAUACAGCUGGAAAAUGCACGUAGUAUCCACAGUGGCUACAACAACAGGGGUUAAAACAGAGCCAGUGAAUGGCAGUGAAACAACUUCAACAUCAGCAGACGGGUCUUUAGACAAUUUCUCAGGAGAUUUUCAGAAUGUGAAUGAGUGUGCUGACACCACUGCAUGCCCAGCUUACGCCACCUGCAACAACACCAUGGAGAGUUACUAUUGCACUUGCAAAAACGGCUUCCUGUCCAGCAAUGGACAGAGUCAUUUCAAAGGUCCAGGAAUAAAAUGCACAGAUAUUGAUGAGUGUUCUCAAAGUUCCCCCAAAUGUGGUCCAAACUCAGUCUGCAGAAACAUGCUGGGGAGAUACAAAUGUAGCUGUUUUCUUGGUUUCUCUUCUCCCACGGGAAAUGACUGGACCCCAGAAAAGCCAGGCAGUUUUGCCUGCACAGACGUUGACGAGUGUCUCUCCAGCGGGGUCUGCCCUGAGCAUUCUGACUGUGUCAACUCCAUGGGAAGCUACAGUUGCAGCUGCCAAGUUGGAUUCAUCUCUAGCAAUUCUACCUGUGAAGAUAUUAAUGAGUGCGUUGUCAAAAUGUGCCCUGCCAAUGCAACUUGCACCAACACUCCUGGGAGCUACUUUUGCAACUGCCGUCCUGGCUUUGCACCAAGCAGUGGACAGCUGGAUUUCACAGACCAAGCAGUGGAAUGUAGAGAUAUUGAUGAGUGCUUCCAAGAUCCAUCACCAUGUGGUCCAAAUUCUGUCUGCACCAAUACCCUGGGAUCCUACAGCUGUAGCUGCAGUGUGGGCUUUCAUCCCAACUCAGAAGGCUUCCAGAAAUAUGGCAACUUCAGCUGUAAAAGAAUUCCCUUCAAGUGUAAGGAAGAUGUGAUAUCCAGUCAUGAACAGAUCCAGCAGUGCCCAGAGGGGGCAGCAGUAAAGUCUGAGUAUGGUUCCUUCUGUGGACUGAUAAACGACACCUUCCACAUUCUGGACAAUGUGUGUGAAAACAAAACUGCCGUGGUUCCUCUGAAGAGUGUGGCUAAGAGCUUAUCCUCUGUGCUUGAACAAAUAUCUACAUGGUCCAGAUUCACCAAGGAAGAGACGUCCACCCUGGGCACAGUCCUACUGGAGAGUGUGGAAAGCACCACAUUGGCAGCUCUUCUGAACCCCUCAGCGAACUUCAGUGAGACUAUCCAGACGGAAUUCCUGGAUAUUGAGAGCAAAGUUAUCAAUGAUGAAUGCACUGAAGAGAAUAUAGUCCUUAACCUGAAAGCCAAGGGGGAUGAGAUGAAGAUUGGGUGUUCCACAAUUGCAGAAUCAGGAUCCACAGGGGAAUGUGCAGGGACCACUGGAGUGGCUUUUGUCUCCUUUGUGGGCAUGGAGUCUGCUUUAGAUGAGCAUUUCUUCCAAGACCUCCAGACCUCCUUGGGCAACUCCCAGAGGAAGCUGAAGAUGAAUUCCCGUGUCAUUGGGGGCAUGAUGACUGGGGAGAGGAAAGAUGACUUCUCAGCCCCUAUCAUCUACACUCUGGAGAACAUCCAGAUGGUGUUCUCCUUGUAUGUCAUUAGCCAUGUGGGCAUGAUCAUCUCCCUGGUGUGCCUCAUCGUGGCCAUUGCCACCUUCUUGCUGUGUCGCUCCAUUCAAAACCGUAACACCGACAUCCACCUACACCUCUGUGUGUGCCUCUUCUUGGCCAAGAGUCUCUUCCUUGCCGGCAUAGACAAGACUGACAACAAGAUGGGCUGUGCCAUCAUCGCGGGCUUUCUGCACUACCUUUUCCUUGCCUGCUUCUUCUGGAUGCUGGUGGAGGCGGUGAUGCUCUUCUUGAUGGUCAGGAACCUGAAGGUGGUGAAUUACUUCAGCUCUCGCAACAUCAAGAUGCUGCACCUCUGUGCCUUUGGCUACGGACUCCCAGGGCUGGUGGUGCUUAUCUCUGCCACUGUGCAGCCAUGGGGCUACGGGAUGUAUAAUCGGUGA